AAAACCUGCUGUUCAAUUGGCUCCAGUACUUGACAGGAAAAUACAAUUGUUCCUGAUGUCAAAUUCCAGCGACUCCUACUAUAAAUGACGGGUUGGGCACUUUUUUGGAGCAGUUUAAUGAAGAUUAUUUACCUUGCUCUCGGAAGAACACGUUAGGACGAGAUGAGCGCAUCAGUGGCUGUAUAUAGAAACAUAUACACUGAGGAUCGCUUCAGACAGACGUAUGGCACGGAAGCGCAGUCUAGUGGGAGAGAGCGGCUCCGCGACAGACUGGCGCAGAGAUGCAGCUGCUCUCAGGUGGAGUGUGUUCACCUGCUCAAGAAGAGACUGCCCGUGUGCAGCUGGCUGCCCAAAUACAAGCUCAAAAAAUGGCUGUUAGGAGAUAUCAUAGCGGGACUGACUGUUGGAAUAGUUCACAUUCCCCAAGGAAUGGCCUUUGCUUUGUUGACAUCGGUGGCUCCUGUCUAUGGUCUUUACACAUCAUUCUUCCCUGUGGUUCUCUAUAUGCUCUUCGGCACUGGUCACCACGUUUCCACAGGUACCUUUGCUGUGUUGAGUCUGAUGACUGGCUCGGUGGUGGAGCAACUGGUUCCCAUCCCGCUUGCUCUGAAUUCCAGUAGCCCAGAGGCUGCAGAGUUUGAGGCCCAGAGAAUUGGGGUGGCAUCAGCUGUAGCAUUUCUCUCAGGCAUAAUGAUGCUAUGCAUGUGUGGCCUCCAGUUGGGUUUCCUUUCCACAUACCUCUCGGAACCGAUUGUUAAGGCGUUCACAAGUGCAGCCGCCUUCCAUGUGACCGUCUCACAGCUGCAAAGCAUGUUGGGAUUACGACUACCACGAUAUGCUGGUGCCUUCUCUCUUUUUAAGACUCUGGCUUCAGUGAUGGAGAAUGUGCCCCACACUAAUUUGGCUGAGCUGGUGAUAUCACUGCUCUGCCUGGCUGUUCUGGUGCCGGUUAAAGAGGUCAACUCACGCUUUCGGGAGCGCCUGCGAACUCCCAUCCCUAUAGAGAUCAUCACUGUAAUAAUUGCAACAGGAAUUACAUAUGUCUUUUCUCUGGACUCCAAGUAUGACAUACAGAUAGUAGGACAUAUUCCAGCAGGCUUCCCUGAGCCACGGCUGCCUGCUUUGGAGACAGUUCCACAAAUUGCUGGUGACACAGUUGCUAUCACCCUUGUUGCCUACGCUGUGUCUGUUUCUCUGGCCAUGAUUUAUGCAGAUAAACAUGGAUACUCCAUUGAUCCAAAUCAGGAGCUUCUAGCACAUGGGAUCUCCAACACUGUGUCAUCUCUCUUCACCUGCUUCCCCAAUUCAGCUACACUGGCCACCACCAACAUACUGGAGAGUGCUGGAGGUCACACACAGCUCGCUGGACUGUUCACAAGUCUGGUUGUUCUUAUUGUACUUCUGCUGAUAGGACCUCUAUUUUACUUCCUACCCAAGGCAGUGCUUGCUUGUAUAAACGUAACCAGCCUGAGACAGAUGUUUCUGCUGUUUCAGGAUCUUCCUGACCUUUGGAGAGUCAGCAAAAUCGAUUUUAUGGUGUGGCUUGUGACCUGGCUGUCAGUAGUUGUGCUAAAUGUUGACCUGGGCCUGGCCAUUGGGGUGGUCUUCUCCAUGAUGACAGUUAUCUGUCGCACACAGAGGGCCAGCUGCUCUGUGUUAGGAAGAGCCGCCAACACGGAGAUCUACAGAUCCAUCAACAACCAUAAUAAAUGCUAUGAAGUUCCUGGUAUGAAGAUCCUGACUUACAAUGGGCCUAUCUACUAUGGCAACCGUAGCUUUUUCAAGGCCGAUAUGGCUCAGCUUCUGGGCCUCACGCCUGAGAGGAUACGCAGCCGAGAGAAAGCCCUGAAGGCCAAAGCGAAGAGAGAGAGAGAGGCCAUUAGCUCUGUAGAACAAGGAGUUGCAGACAGUUCAUUUUCUUCAAAUAAUGACUUGUUCAGAUCAGAGAUGGCUGAGGGUGAAGUCCAGGCCGUGUUGAUAGACUGCAGCAGUGUCAUUUUUGUGGAUGUUGCGGGAGCUCGGUUAUUCAUACAGAUGUGCAUGGAGUGCCAGAAGAUUGGGAUAACGAUAUACCUGGCUAACUGCAAUGAGAGUGUACUGAAGAUUCUCACAUCCAGUGGGCUCAUGAAAUACAUGAAUCCUCAGCAUAUCUUUAUUACAAUCCAUGAUGCUGUGGUCUACAUACAACAGCAGCGGGAGAAACCUCCUGAGAACAACACAACGGUAUGGGUAUGAUUUAUCUGACACUACCAAAGUAUUGCAACAUUUAUGCUAACUGAGACUCAGAACUGGACCUGAAGAACUGUGGGUGACUACAAGUGUGUCGAGGAAUGAGUCAUUCCAGCAUUUAUUUGGACUCAACGUGCUGUGAUUUAGACAGGGCCCUCUAUGGUGUCUAAUAAGAGUACGUAAGUUACCUGCAGUGGCUGUUGUGUUCAUUACUUGCUAAAAGCCUGUUCACAGUGAAGACAAUUGUGAAAAUUUGUUGCGAUAAACAUUUGAAUUCUAAUGAACUACUGGUAAUGUCCGUUUAGAACAAAACAAAGAUUUGCAUGCCGUCAA